UUCGGUCUUGCAGCAAAGAGGGACCCGUAAAUCAAAAUUAAGCGAACAGCUGACAGCCUAAACUUGGCCUAUAUUAUCCUGCGCCGACAUGGUGUGUUCUGCAUAAGUUUUUUCAAGCUAUUUUGCAACGUGUUGACGCUUUUCUGAAUCAGUUUUAAAAGGACAGCGGGGCUUUCUUCCUUUGUUGGGAAAACUUUUUUCCUUGAAGGCUUUACGCUUAAGACCUGGAGGAGAGAAUAGCCCAUACUAAGUUAUAGAUCUAAUGGACAUUGCAACAAGUUUUAGGUCAACGGAGAAGCAUUUCUCGACGAGGACUCAUUCCACCGGUGCUAAGAUGCUAGACGGCAUUAAAAUCGAAGAUCACAUAAGGACAGGACCAGCGAGUUUGGGUGUUAUGCUGGGUAACGAGUGCCACCACCCAACCAUUUGCGAGGGAUGCCAAAGGCCCAUCUCAGACAGGUUCCUCAUGCGCGUCAAUGACUCGUCCUGGCACGAGGACUGUUUGCAGUGCGCCGUGUGUCAACAGCCGCUGACCACGACCUGUUACUACCGAGACCGAAAACUAUACUGCAAACUAGACUACCAACAGUUGUUUGCCACGAAAUGCAGCGGCUGCUUGGAGAAGAUCGCGCCCACAGAGUUUGUGAUGCGGGCGCUGGAGAGUGUCUACCACCUGGGCUGCUUCUGCUGCUGCGUGUGCGAACGGCAACUCUGCAAGGGAGACGAGUUUGUGCUGAAGGAGGGACAGCUGCUCUGCAAGAAUGAUUACGAACGCGAGAAGGAGCUGCUCAACUCCGUCAGCCCAGAGAACUCCGACUCAGACAAAAGUGAGGACGAGGACAUCGACGUGAAGCCAGAGAAGGGCCAGGGAGGCCAGGGUAAGGGCAGCGAUGACGGCAAAGACCCCCGCCGGCCCAAGAGGCCCCGCACCAUCCUCACCACCCAGCAGAGGCGCGCCUUCAAGGCCUCCUUCGAGGUCUCCUCCAAACCUUGCCGAAAAGUGAGAGAGACUCUAGCAGCUGAGACGGGCCUGAGUGUGCGAGUGGUCCAGGUGUGGUUCCAGAACCAAAGAGCCAAGAUGAAGAAGCUGGCACGCAGACAGCAGCAGCAGCAGGAACAGCAGAACUCUCAGAGACUGGGUCAAGAGGUGAUCUCUGGCCGCAUGGAGGGCCUGAUGAGCUCCUACACCCCCCUGGGGCCCCCCCAGCAGCAGCACCUGGUUGCCAUGGAGCCCAACGGCUACAGCACAGACUCCUUCCAGCAGGGCCUCACCCCGCCACAGAUGCCUGGAGACCAUAUGAACCCCUACGGAACCGACUCGGUCUUCCAUGACAUCGACAGCGACACGUCCCUCACCAGCCUGAGCGACUGCUUCCUGGCCGCCUCCGAGGCCGGCUCCCUGCAGUCCCGCAUAGGAAACCCCAUCGACCGCCUCUACUCCAUGCAGAGCUCGUACUUUGCUUCCUGAAAUCAAACACCGCCAGUUCAUGAUCUACAUCUCUCUGUGAGCAGACCAACCAACCCAACCCAACCGAUCAAUCAACCAAACAAACAGACAUGCAUCCAAAUCAACAGCCAUGGCCACCACAAGCCUCAUGCUACUGCCAAAUCCACAGGCCUCAAUCACUACGCCGCCAUGUUGGUCUGUGAUUUCAAAAAACCACAUGCUCCAUCAUCUAGAACGAAGUGAAAGAGACAGUGGACAGAAUGGAGGAAGAGUAAAUCGUCCCUGGGUUGUCUCUUUUCCUCCUCUAACUCUCCCAGCUGUGGGUGAGAUCUGGAGAAGAGCUGUGAAGAUGGGUUGUGGUCCUUCACAGGGUUGAAAGCUAACACUCUCAAACUUGAUGCCUGGUUAGCGGAUUCAACUCCUCCAGCUCAGACAACUGAACUUGAGAUAAUGAAUAACAUCACCUUCUCCGUUAUUCAGUUAGGAAAUAAUAUUCAUUUGCUUGUCAGUUUGGUGAAUAAAAACUGAAUUUUGCUGUUUGGAGAACAUGGACCAGAAUGAAAGGGUUCAGGCGCCAUAAAGAAGUGAACAAGUUUGGCUUUAAAUUGUGGACCGUGACCAUUCGUUUUGUUCGUUUGUUUUUGUUUUUGUUUUUGUUUUUUUCUUUGUUGAAAUUGACUAAUAAACCUGCUUCAAUAUAUUGCUUGAACAUGAUUUUGUAAUGACCUAGGUGUGACGUUUAGAGGUUGUCUUGACAUUUGUAAUAAUAUAUCUCAUACCAGUGUUUUCAGUUAACCCCCCUUUAAUCCCAUUGGCCCUGGUCGUCAAACAAACUGCUCCACGGAACGAAAGGCGAAACAAGGAGACACAGGAUUCAAAGGGAAUGAAAAAUCUCAUGGACACAUUUAGUGUAUUUCAAGUGUAUAUAGAUGUACAACACAACCCACGUACACUACAGCAACCUACCAUGCAUGUUGAAAUGGACAUCUCUCUAUUUAUUGAAGUGCAACAUGCGCACUGUCAUACUGAAAGGGGGGGAGAAGCUUUAUUUAAAUAAUGAAAAAAGGAUCCCAGUGUAAAAGUAGAAGGUGCCAUAAGCAUUCGAUUAUGUGACUUUUUUUGAUUAUUACAAGAUUGAAAGUAGUAAUUUCAUUUCUGUUGAUGUUUAAAGAAAGAAUAUAGGCUGUAAAUCUGUCUCACUGUGCUAUUUAUUUGUUCCUUAGUGUGCCCUCAGGCCUUGGCCCGAGUGCAUUUUAUCACUCCUAUUUGCUAAAUUACCAAAGUUUGUUGGUAUUACAAAUAAA